AGUACACGUUGAUUUCCGGUUUUUGAUGACAGGAUACUGACAUAUGGAAGAUUAGACGGCCUUUUCUUAUUUCAGAUAUAAAUCUACAAAACAAGAUAUGGGAGCCACAUUUAUAAUCAUCGGAACAGCCAUAAUGGCCAUUUUCAUGGCAGGAUAUUUUGCCCAACACUACCUACCCCCUCCCACACCAAAAAUAGUUGGAAUUGACCUUGGGACGACCUACUCUUGUGUAGGUGUCUACCAUGCUGUGACAGGCAGGGUGGACGUACUGGAGGUACAGGACGGUCACCAGUGUAUCCCUAGUGUUGUAGCCUUCACGGAACAAGGGGUUCUUGUUGGCUAUGAUGCAGUCGCUCAGGCAGAACACAAUCCCAAAAAUACUAUCUAUGAUGCAAAGCGAUUCAUUGGCAAAGUUGUGUCUGAACAGGAACUAUUACAGGCACAAAAACGUUACCCAUUCAAGAUACUAGCAGAUAAAUCUGGUAUGGUACAAUUUGUUUUAUCUGUAAACGACACCGAGCUGCGUUUACAGCCAGAGGAGAUUGGAUCAGUGAUUGUUGACAAACUAAAAUUAACAGCGGAGGCAAACUUGAGUGCCCCGGUUACAAAAGUUGUCAUGUCAGUACCUGCUGAAUUUAAUGCCUUGCAGAGAAACUACACCAAAAAGGCCGCCAGCUUGACAGGAUUAGAGGUAUUCCGAGUGAUCAAUGAGCCAACUGCCGCUGCCUUGGCGUAUGGACUUCACACCAAGCCCAGUCUACAGAAUGUGAUGGUAGUAGACCUAGGGGGUGGAACGCUGGAUGUUUCUCUCCUUAAUGUCCAGGGGGGAAUGUUCCUCACCCAGGCUAUGGCAGGUAAUAAUCAUCUUGGAGGACAGGACUUCAAUCUAAGGCUGUAUAACUACAUACUGGAAAAUAUAGGCUCCCAGUAUAAUCGCCAGCUUACCCACCGCGAGGACCUACAGAGUGUUCGACUCAGUGUGGAAAAUCUGAAGAUUAGUCUAACCAGUCUAGCAAGCACAAAUGUAGCAAUUCCGCUCAAGUCAUUUGGCCCUGAUGUGGUGUAUAAAACAACUAUAACCAGGUCAGAAUUUGAGAAAUUAAACGAGGAUUUAUUUUCUAAAGUUCUUGUUCCAAUUAAAACAGUUUUGAAAACUAUAGAACUCCCGAAAGAUGAGGUGGAUGAAAUCGUUUUAGUUGGAGGUUCCACUAGAAUUCCAAAAGUUAGAGAACUUAUACGAGACUUCUUCGGUAAGGACCCCAACACUUCAGUAGAUCCAGAAUUGGCCGUAGCCAUGGGUGUUUCUGUUCAGGCUGGAAUCAUCGGGGGCAUGUGGCCUCUUAAAGUUAGUGCUGUUGAGCUCCCAACUAUAGCCAAAAAGAUUCAAAUAUCAUGAUGAAUGUUCCAUAUUUAAUGUUGUCUUAUAAAAUAUAUACAUGUACAAUUGUCAUGUGUUUUAAAACUGUCUCAACAUUCUUGUUAAAUGGUUAAGUCUUUCAAAAACAAGAAUGACAUUUUGGGCCAGCUAUUAAUAAGAUGCAUGAGAGGGAAGGAUCCAAUUAAGACUUUUUGUUAAUUAUGCAUAGCUGUAUAUCAGACCAGGGCUUUUUCUCACUGGUUUGGGAUGGGGUCUUUUUGUCUCUUUUUGGAAAGAAAAUUGGAGAAUUGGGAAAGAUUUUUUCAUGAGUAAACAGCAAUUUUUUUUUUUAAUUUGGCUUUCAAAUGAAAUAAUUCUAAUUGGGAGUGAGGCCCAUUAACGGCCCAAAAAAGCUCUCAGAAAAAGCACUGCAGACAACUGCCUUUCUGAUAAUUAAUUGUAAGGAAGGGGAGAAUUUAUUGGAAAGAGAGAUUUUAGGUUUUAGUUGAUUAAUGAAGGUGAAAAUGAAAAACAACUUCUGAUUUCUAACAGAAAGGCUAAUUCUGUGUUCCCUUCCCUACAAAAAUAAAAACAGUUAAAUUGGUUAUUUUUCAGAGAAGGGCAGACAGUGUGGUUUUUCUUUUAGAUUGUAUGUAAGAAGGGGAGAUAAUUU